AAUUUUCAAGUCGAUAGUUUUUGAGUCAGGUUUUGGUAAAAAACUCCUAUAUAUUUUUUGUGGUUUGAAGUGCCUCGUAAGAAUUAGUGCUUUAUCAAAAUGUCUUUAAGACGAUCUAGAUCUCCGCAUAUGAGUGGCAAUGUAAAAAAUGCAGAAAAGGAAGAAAGUUUUUGGGAUAAGUUUAGUACAUUAGGUCGAAAGAAAGGAACAAAAGAGGUUCAAAAGGUGGAAGAGGAAGGAAAACAUGCAAUUGAAUCGCCAGGACUGCCCAAUCAGUUUGACAUACCUCCAGAAGACUACGCAUUGCGUGAGUUGGAGCAACGCGCAGUAAUAGAUCCCCAGUCGUUGAAUGAUCCGGAAGUAAUUAAACUUCAACGCAUUCUGAUCGACUGGUUGAAUGAUGAAUUAGCUGAGCAACGAAUUAUCGUGCAAAGCAUUGAAGAGGAUUUGUACGACGGACAGGUUUUGCACAAAUUAUGGGAGAAACUUACAGGUAAAAAACUUGACGUGCUCGAAGUAACACAGUCUGAAGAAGGUCAAAGGCAGAAACUUCAUGUUGUUCUCAAUGCCGUUAAUCACACCUUAGGAUUUCAUCAGAAGAUACCAAAAUGGUCGGUUGAGAGUGUGCAUUCAAAGAAUUUAGUAGCUAUUCUCCAUUUAUUAGUUGCACUUGCCCGAUACUUCAGAGCACCAAUUCGCUUACCGGAAAAUGUUUUUGUUAAUGUUGUCAUUGCUCAGAAGAGCGGUGGCCUUUUAAAUGCACAGAAAUUCCAAGAACAAAUAACUUCUGAAUAUGAUGAUGUAGGUAUGCGCUGUGACAAAGAUGCUUUCGAUACACUUUUUGACUGUGCUCCAGAUAAAUUAUCUGUUGUUAAAAAAUCGCUCAUAACUUUUGUAAACAAGCAUUUAACAAAGUUGAACUUUGAAAUAACCGACCUUAACUCAGAUUUUCGAGAUGGCGUAUAUUUGUGCUUAUUAAUGGGUUUGCUUGGUGGAUUUUUCGUCCCAUUGUAUGAAUUUCACCUUACGCCCCAGGAUGUGGAUCAAAUGGUUUCAAAUGUAGCAUUCUCCUUUGAUUUGAUGCAAGAUGCCGGAUUACCGAAACCCAAAGCUCGACCCGAGGAUAUAGUCAACAUGGAUCUUAAGUCGACCUUACGUGUUUUGUACAACUUAUUUACGACAUACAGGAGCGUGGCCUAACGAAACAAUCUUUUCAAAUAAAUUGGAGGAGUGCGCUUAUAAAUAUCGUCGAUGUUUUUGCAAAACCCUCCAUCGGCGAGUUUCAAAACCGCCUGGAUCGUCAUUGUGGCAAAAAUAAGAUUUGGUAACCCUGAAUUCCAGGCCUCCAUUUAUGCAUAAAAAUCUUAUAAUCGUUAUUAAAACAACAGAUUUGUAAAAUAAUAGCUAGAGAAAAUACCGCCUAUCAAGGCAAUGCCCUCAAAGUAAACCCGUUUGUUCGCUCUCUAAAGUUUGAGUGCCGGAAGAUAUGCGGUUUUGCAAAAACAUCGGCGUUAUGUAUAUUUUUUAUGUCCUAAAAUAAAUAUAUUUGUGUAUCAGAACGAAGGCUAACACAUACAUUUGUACCUACAAUAAAAUAUGUAUUACAAUUCAACAUUGAAGAACUAACAUAACGAAAA